CAGCCGUUCUCCGAGUGAAGUGAACGAUGACAGGUCUACACGACUCUCCCUCAUUACUUGCGCACAAGGCACCUCCAGCUGAAAAGGCAAGAUGGAAAGACCAAGUAGCUCCUGGCAGGGUUUUGACAGUCUGAAACCGGAUUCAGAGAAACAUAAGAGAAUUCACUUCUUGUUCUCUUCGGCAAACUUUGAAUAUCUGGAGACUUGCGCGAUAGAAUCGCGGAGGAAGCAUCAGCCAGGCUUGUCUCCUGAUGUUUCAUGUAGCAUCGAUCUGAAUCAUUUCACAUCCGGGUUCAACAAUGUUGUCCUGGAAAUUGCAUUUUCGGACAACGUGUUCUGGGUCGCUCGGAUUCCUCAUCAAACACUGAACGACAACGAUAAAACAUCAUUGCUCAGUGAGAUUGCCACAAUGAGGAUAAUCCAACAACAUACUACCAUCCCUAUUCCUCGAGUUUUCAACUUUGAGAUGUCUACAGACCAACCCUUUGGCUACCCGUACAUGUUCAUGGAGCAUCGUGGUCACUCUCUUCCGAAUGGUCUGGCGACAACUAUACCUUCCGAACAUCAUCCCAGAGUAGCGAAGCAGCUCGCAAACGUCUUUACAGAACUUCAAAACCUAACCUUCAGCCGCAUUGGGCGUCUUUGUUGUGGGGAUACAGCUGAUCAACCUGUUGAAGUCAUUGCUAUGGAUUGGCACGCUACGCCAGGGCCUCUGGAAACGUCGUUUGAGUAUUUCUACAACCAGAGACAAGCCGAAAAUCGUGAAUCGAUUGAGUUGCAUCCAGAUGACCCAGACUGGUUGACAGCAUGCUGGGUACUGAAAUCAGGUCUUACCCACAUGAUCAUCGAGGAUAGGAUCCGAGGCCCAUUUCCUCUAUGUCAUCUCGAUCUACAUUUUGGCAAUAUGCUGUUUGACAAAGAGUACAAUUUGACGGGAAUUAUUGAUUGGAGCAGCGCCCAAGCUGCUCCUCUAGAGCAGUUGUCUGUGUGCCCAGAAUUCGCCACGUUUCCAGAGAUGUCAGAAGAGGAGAAUCAGCCCAUGGUCGACUUCAAGGAUCUUGUUGUGCAAUCCAUAAGGGAGAUAGAGCAGAAUCAAGAAAGAAAGCCGCCUCUUGACAACCCAGAUUUGGAUAUUUUAGGGCAAUCGAGUCUUACACCCCUUUCCACCUACAUGGCUUCCAAAAGUGCAGAGAUCACCUAUCGUCAGUACAUGUCUUCACCCAGAGGAAGCCUCUUUGCUGGUAAGAUGGUUGCAGGUCUUAUCUUUGGGAAAGGUGUUACUUGGGACCAGCUGAAAGAGGUGUACGGUGUGAUGCCACUUUUCUAGCUGCGAUUAGCUAUUAUCUGCUCAUAUAUCUAUAACCUUUGCUUCCGAAAUCCAACCACUGGCGUGGACGUAUAUGAUGGC